CUGUUUCUAUGGUAACUGCCGCGGCGGGAGCUAAAGUCACUUGUAGCUAACAAACAAACUUUAGUUUGAAACAAACAAACUUCUUCCCGAAAGUUUCUGAAAUGGCGUCGAAAAACAUGGACCCUUUAUCAGUUGAGGAACCUCCAGGAGGAGAAAAGGAGGAGCGGACAGAAGAGGAGAGAGGAGCCGGAGAGUGGAGCCAGGAGAGCCAGGUUCCAGUGAAGGUGUUGCGAGCUCACAGCGACGCCGUCACCGCCGCUCGACUCUGCUUUAACAACCGCUGCGUCCUCAGCUGCUCCUCAGACCGCACCGCCAUCCUCUGGGACGUGGAGAGCUGCAGACCUCUGAGGGUGUUUGAUGGACUUCAUAGUAAAACCAUCACUGAGUGCGCUCUGAUCCCAAACAGCAACAGGGCGGUGACAGUCUCCUGGGACAAGAACAUGGUGGCCUCGGACCUGGAGACGGGACAGACUCUGUGGCGGUGGAGGCAGGCCGGCCUGCUGACCUCCUGCAGCGCCUCGUCGGAUGGCCGGCUGCUCGUCUGCGCUGCAGAUCCACAGAACGGCGUUUACGUCAGCGACGCCGCCAGCGGACUGACGCUGCACCACGUCAGCGAUCACCACCGCUCCACCAUCACACGGUGCCGGUUCGACCCUCAGAGCCAGCGGGUGGCGUCGGUGUCUGCAGACCGGAGCGUCAAACUGUGGGACCUGCUGGCUCAGAAGACCACCGUGUCCAUCGACAGUAACCACAGCAACGUCGUCUCUGACUGCUGCUUCACCAACAACGGACACUUCCUGUGCACGGCAUCAUGGGAUAAAAGUUUAAAGCUGUGGGACCUGCAGGCGGGAGGGUUUCGAUCUCACGGCGGGACGUCGCUGCAGAGAGGCCACGAAGGCAGCGUGAGCUCCUGCAGCUUCUCGGCUGACGCAAACCUGCUGGUGUCUGGCUCCUACGACAGGACUGUUGCACUCUGGGAUAUGUCCUCCCUCUGCCAGACUCUCAUCCUGAAGGGCCACAGUGAUUGGGUGACUGAUGUGUCAGUCAGCGCUGACAGGAAGUUGGUGGCCUCUGCCUCUAAGGACAGGACGGUCCGGUUAUGGAACACAGAGAACAUGGAGGAAAUCCCACAAGUCCUGGAGCGGAGGAGGACCGAAGGAACAGGAAUUCACAUCCUCAAGUGUGAAGAGUGCGGGAAGCCGUUCCCCGUGUCCAGACUGCAGACCUCAGAGCUGCUGACCCGGUGCGUCUUCUGUCGACUCAAAUCGCCCCCCGCAUACCGACCGCAGCCUCCGCCUCUCAUGUGACUUCCUGUCCAGGAGGUCAGAGGUCGGCCACAGAGCAGCAGCUGGUAGGGCGGGUGGGGUGGAUACUGGCAUUAUGCAAACUACAAAAAACAAUCUAAAGUCUUGCUGGCGUCCCCCAGAGGCUGCAGUGUUCAUUACAGCCGCAGCAUCAUGUUAGCACUUGGUUGCAGCCCCCCCCCCAGUGGAUGAACUCUCAUCAUCAUCAUGUCAUCAUCGAACAGCUGCAGCUAAAUGUGUUGUUAGAAAGAAAGUAGAGAAUAAAAAACAGGAUUUCACUUUCUGUUUAAAUGACA